CCGGGUCAACACUUGCCGCCACUUAAUUUCAUUCAACUGAAGGACGAGUUGAUUGAAAAACACGGCGAACCCGUUACCGAUCACGACGUCAUGUCUUCGGCGAUGUAUCCCAAAGUUUGCGAUGAUUUUAUUCAGUUCCGACGCGAGUUCGGACCCGUCAGCCUCUUUGACACCAGAAUAUUCCUCACCGGACCUAAAGUGGGCGAAGAGUUUGAGGUAACGCUUGAAAAGGGAAAAGUACUGCACAUCACAACCCUAGCCGUGUCUGAGACCCGUACAGACACCGGCGAACGGGAAGUGUUUUUUGAACUCAACGGCCAAUUGAGGAGUUUUCUCGUCAAAGACAAAGCCGUCGCUACAGAGAUUAAGUCAAACCCGAAAGCGCUGAAGGGUGUGAAGGGUUCGGUGGGCGCCCCUAUGCCGGGCACUGUCAUCGAAGUGCGUGUCCAAGAAGGCGAUAAGAUAGAGAAGGGUCAGCCGCUCAUCGUAUUGAGCGCCAUGAAAAUGGAAAUGAUAGUACAAUCGCCGGUCGCCGGAACUGUUAAGAAGAUAUUCGCCGCUAAAGACAUGAAACUGGAGGGCGACGACCUCGUGAUGGACAUUGAGGUCGAUUAAGACUGUUGUACUCAAUCAUAAGGUGUAUAAAGUGUAAUGAUGUGUGUAUUGAGUGUGCAAUCGUGUUAUGUUUAAACAAAAUUUAGCCAUAAUUUCCAAUCUUAUGUUACAAAAUGAGUGAUUUAAUGGUAUUUUCAGAUUACAGAUCAAUGGUUUAGGACAUUAAUAAUGUCCUUAGACCUGAUCUGAGCUGUUUUUGUCCAACAAAUUA